UAAUUAUUUCAUCCAAAAUGGCGGCGAACUUUUGGCUUUCUUCGCACUGCAAUCAAUGGCUCCUUGAUCGUGAAGAAAUCGAACUAGAAAGGCAACGAGACUACCAAAACCUUAAAGAUGACGACUACAAGAAGAUACAAAUCUUUUUUAUCAACUUUAUGCAAGCUUUAGGCGAACAUUUGAAGCUACGACAACAAGUAAUUGCAACUGCCUCUUUGUACUACAAAAGAUUUUAUGCCAGAAAUUCUUUGAAGAGUAUUGAUCCGCUUCUUAUGGCUCCGACGUGUAUGUACUUAGCUCACAAGACGGAGGAGUGUGGUGUGAUAUCUAACAGUCGUUUCAAUGCAGCUUGUAACGCCGUUGUGAAGAACAAAUUCUCCUUCGCUUUUCCCGGGGAUCAGUUUCCGUACAGGAUGACGCAGGUAGAGUAUGUUUUCAUCUUAUCUUUCCAUCUUAAUGAGCUGUAAAUUCGUGUAUGCUUCACUUUUUAAGUUUAGGCACAAACAAUCUUAUCAAUCAUCCCUGCAUGAAAAGAUUUUUACUGAACUACACCGAAUACAAGAUAAUCUAUACCCACUCUAUAUAUUGGUUUAAUAAAGUACAUAAGAUAGGUUUAAAAGUAUUUUUCAGCAAGAAGUAACAUUGAAUGCUAUCUCGUAUUCCGAGAACAGAUCAUUUAUCAGUAAAAGACAUUUAAGUUUUAUUGUGAAAGAAGUCACCAUUUAUCAACAGAACAAGCUGCAAGGAAAGGCAAAGGAGAACGUUUGCAGGCAUGAACAUGUUAUGGAUCUAACUUAGAGUCAUUUCAGCAGUUAAAAUGGCUCUAAGAGGGCCCCAAAACAUAUUUAUGUCCAAGAAUAAUAACCCUUUAACUCCCAGAAGUGAUUAACAUGUAAUUUCCUCCUAUAGUAUCUAAACAUCAUCCAAACUUAUCAACUAGAAGUUUUUAUCUUGAUCUAGCACCAAAUUCUCAUAACUUAUUAACAAGGAAAUGUGCAGCUAGAGGGGAGAAUAAAAAAUCAGAUCGUGGGAGUUAAAGGGUUAUUAACUGAAAUUCUAUUGUCAUCACUCUGGGGGGCAUUGAGAAAAUAAACUGAAAAAAUGGCACAAAACAAUCUGAACAAUAAUACAAGCAUGCAAGGUAGAUACAAUACAUUGUAGCCUGCAAAAUCUGCCCUAAUGCCCAACAAAAUGAUGAUAAUAUUCAUCGAUCUAAUCUGUUUAAACAGUUCAUGUAUGUGGCUGUUACAGUGGGAGUGACUAAUGUCAAAUUCACUAGUUGUGGACAACAAGUAAGGAAACACAUUGGUGUGGAUAUCAUCCAAAACCCACCCUAACUCCUGUUUUGUGUUUGAAACAAAAACAUGGUGGUCUUAAAAGUAGAUAUAUGAGAGGAAUAAGUUUAGCAACAAGAGUAAAAGCAAAAGAGAUAACCUCUUUGGUAAUUUUUUUUCUUGAAACUGUAAAUUGAGAAACAUUUGGGCAAGAGGGGUUGCAUUUGGCAGUUUUACAAGAGGCAUAAUAUGCAAAGACCAUUAUUUAUACUACAAAAUUUUUUACUUGAAAAGUAACUCCCACUUCCCUUAAAAAUACCUGAUAUCCUUAUCUUUGUUUUCCUUUUAAAAAUGUUUCAUCUGUUAAAACUUUUUCCUGAAGCAUCUCUGGGAGCCAGAAUGUUAAAUCCCAAAUCUGAUAGUGGUGCCCAUAACCAGUCCAACUUAUCACAAUACAAACUGGGGUCUGUAAUUGUUUCCAUGCCAUUCCUGGUAAUGCAGGAAAAAGAAAAUAGGAAAGAAUAAAAUAAGUUAUUCCCUGGACUAGGUCAAUCCACAUGGGAAAAAACUGUGACCUUGGUCUCUAGUAUGGCAAUAAGCCUUAGGUUCUACCCAAGACCUCAGGCACAGUUUUUUCAGUAUACAAACCUCCCACCCAGGAAAUGACAUAUAUAUCUUCCAGAGAUUGCAAAUGUAAUUUGGUCAAGCAGAAUCUCUUUACUGAUUUCAUUUGUUUGCUUGCAGGUUCUUGAGUGUGAAUUUUUCUUGCUUGAGAUGAUGGACUGUUGUUUGAUUGUGUACCAUCCUUACAGACCUCUUACUCAGUAUGUUGCUGAUCUUGGGAUGGAAGAUGCAAUCCUGCCAAUUGCAUGGCGCAUUUUGAAUGAUAGUUUGCGAACAGAUGUCUCUCUCAUCUAUCCCCCUUACCAGAUUGCAUUGGCUGCCAUUUAUAUGGCUUGUGUCAUUCAACAGAAAGAUUCCAAGCAGUGGUUUGCGGAGCUAUCUGUUGAUAUGGACAAAGUACUGGAAAUCACACAGGAAAUCUUGCAGCUGUAUGAACUGUAUAAGAGUUACGAUGAAAGAGCUGAAAUCUCUGCAGUACUAAGCCGAGCUCCAAGACCCAAAGUCAGGCCAACAUCUGCUACACCCGGCCAGACUCCAUCUCCUGUGCCACCAGAAUCCUGACUGAGAACUUUAUGACUGUCUUUCUCCCCUUUCCAAUAGUAUUUUGGGAAAAAUGUUUUUAACCCUGUUACUUCCAAGAUCUUAUAGCACAUGCAAUUCAGCUUGCUGUCUGCCUUACAAUUUUUAUGAUGUUAGCUCAUAGAACUUGCUACUUGAUUAACUAAUACUCCCCCUAAUUGAUAUUUUUCUAUUUUCUUGUCACUUGUCUACUGGAUAUUGGAUUGUUAUUGUAAGCUGGGUCACUCAUGAGAGUUGAAGGGUUAAAUAUACUUGAAUGAAUUUGAAGAACCAAGAAAGAUUUGAUUAUUUAUUCUGACUGUCUUGGUGAAGGUAGUCCUGAUGAGGGCUGUUGUCAGGAGUGGUGACUGUAGUUUUGAAAACAUUAGUGAAAGUCAUCGUCAGACGCAGAAAAGAUUAUUUCACGUCAGUUCAUUAUUGGUUAUUGUCCAUACCCAUUGGUAGAGAAAUGCAAGGAAUAAGUAAGAGCAACUUAUGCAUGAAAAGUGAUGUUGUUUACUUACACUCUGUAUUCAAAGGGGUAUAAUGUGGAUUUGGCCAAAUGUUUUUCAUGAUGUUAAAAGAGCUUAAAGAAACAUUCUGUGCAGAAUGAUUGCACAUUGAAAUAGGUGCUUUAAGUAACUUUUUUUUCAUGAGAUUACACCAUAACUCUCCUUUUCAAUAUAUUGUCUUCAACCAGUGUUUCUAUGGAGGUAAAGAUUAGGGUUAGACACCCAUAGAAAAAACAUUAACAACCCAGCACUCCUUUCCCUGCUUCCCCUAAAUUAGGACAGCAAUUCAGUGCCACAGUCUCUGACAAAAUUUAAGAACUGUAGGAAAGGGGGGGAGGGAAGAGAUUCAGACCCUCCCCCUCAAGUUUGAUCUCAAGACUAUUUUCAGAUACUCUAAUUUUUGUGCUCAUUUUACUUGCUUAUUAAAACUUAAUAUUUUUCUGAAUUUUCAGUGGGUUUGUGACCUUCAUAUGGUUCUUACUCUUAAUAGACCUCUUUCAUAACUGGCAUUCUUAAUUAACAUUCUUAAAAAUUUGAUGUUAAUUAGCCUUUCUGGCCUCUACAACAGGUUUAAAAACAAUAGAAUUUUUACUUACAAAAAAAAAAGUCAAGAAGGCUGAUUUUUAGCACUUGAACAAAAUGUAAUCAUACCUGUCAUUAUACCACAUAAUAUCACGAGUUGUUACUGCUGGUUGAGUACUAAAAAAUUAAGCAAAAAGUCAACAACUACAAUUCUUUACAGACAAAAAAAUGUUCUUUUCAUUUCUAAAAAUUUUGCAAUGUUUCAGUUACGUAAC